AUGAUCGUGUGCAGCUGCAAUGUGAUCGCGCUCCGCGAAAUCGAGGAUGUCAUCACCGGCUUUCUCGAGGCCGACGAAUGGCAGUUGAUCACGCCCGGCAUGGUCUAUCAUGCGAUGGCCAAGCGCGGAAAAUGCUGCGGCUGCUUCCCGCGCGUGAUCGACACGAUCAUCUCUGUCAGCGAAGCCUAUCAUCGCCGCAAGGCCACGCCCGAGGACAAGAUCGUUCCGUUCAUCGCACGCAUCCGCGAGGAGCAUGACCGCUACGAGACCGUGCGCCGCAUUGCCAGGGCUGCCAAACCGCGCAAGGCAGCUUGA